CUCCACACUCUCAUUCUCUCUCCAUUUCUUUCUUUUAUUUCGUCACUCCAAAACAAAACACUCAUAAAGAGUUCUCGAACUCACAAAUCAAUUGUCAGUUUUUUUUUAAAUACAAAACGUUAUUAUUCCUUUUCUUUAUCUCUCUGCUCUGGAUCUCUCCUCCAUUGCCAAUGAUCUCGUCCUCUCUCUGAGCCAACUCGUGUCUGACUCGCUUCUCCUUCCUUAAUCUCACGCCGCAAAAAUGUCAGAGACAACGGCAGAUGCAAAGCCGGUUCCUCCGGCUGAAGCCGAGAAGAAGAAAGAACAGAGCUUACCCUUCUUCAAGCUCUUCUCAUUCGCUGAUAAAUUCGAUCAUCUGUUAAUGAUCACUGGCUCAAUAGGCGCCAUUAUUCACGGCUCGUCCAUGCCUGUCUUCUUCUUGCUUUUCGGUGAAAUGGUUAAUGGAUUCGGCAAGAACCAGAUGGAUUUACACCAGAUGACACAUGAAGUCUCCAGAUAUGCUCUGUACUUUGUCUACUUGGGUCUGGUUGUCUGCGUCUCUUCAUACGCAGAGAUUGCAUGUUGGAUGUACUCUGGAGAAAGACAAGUAGCUGCGUUAAGGAAGAAGUAUCUUGAAGCUGUCUUGAAACAAGACGUUGGAUUCUUCGACACCGAUGCAAGAACUGGCGACAUUGUCUUCAGUGUCUCCACCGAUACUCUUCUCGUCCAAGACGCCAUCAGCGAGAAGGUUGGGAACUUCAUACAUUACUUGUCAACGUUUUUGGCGGGGCUUGUGGUUGGGUUUGUGUCAGCAUGGAGGUUAGCUUUGUUGAGUGUGGCGGUGAUUCCCGGAAUCGCAUUCGCCGGCGGGUUAUACGCUUACACUCUCACCGGCAUCACUUCAAAGAGCCGUGAGUCUUACGCAAACGCCGGUGUUAUAGCCGAGCAGGCAAUUGCUCAGGUUCGAACUGUUUACUCUUAUGUUGGAGAGAGCAAGGCUCUUAGCUCGUACUCAGAGGCGAUUCAGUACACUCUUAAGCUUGGUUAUAAAGCUGGGAUGGCUAAAGGAUUAGGUUUAGGAUGUACUUAUGGAAUAGCUUGCAUGUCAUGGGCUCUAGUGUUCUGGUACGCUGGUGUUUUCAUCAGGAGUGGAACAACAGAUGGAGGAAAAGCAUUCACUGCUAUCUUCUCAGCCAUUGUUGGUGGAAUGAGCUUGGGACAAUCUUUCUCAAAUCUUGGAGCGUUUAGUAAAGGCAAAGCUGCUGGUUACAAGCUGAUGGAGAUAAUUAACCAGAGACCAACUAUAGUACAAGACCCCUUGGAUGGGAAGUGCUUGGAGCAAGUUCAAGGAAACAUUGAGUUUAAAGAUGUGACGUUUAGCUAUCCUUCGCGUCCUGAUGUUAUCAUCUUCAGAAACUUCUCUAUCUUCUUCCCUUCUGGGAAGACCGUAGCUGUGGUUGGUGGUAGUGGCUCUGGGAAGAGUACUGUUGUUUCCCUUAUAGAGAGAUUCUACGACCCAAACAACGGGGAGAUUCUGUUGGAUGGUGUUGAGAUAAAGACGCUUCAGUUAAAGUUCUUGCGUGAACAGAUCGGUCUUGUGAAUCAAGAACCUGCUCUCUUCGCCACAACCAUUCUUGAGAAUAUACUCUACGGGAAACCUAAUGCAACAAUAGAUGAAGUUGAAGCUGCUGCGUCUGCUGCCAACGCGCAUAGCUUCAUCACGUUGCUUCCUAAAGGCUACGACACACAGGUUGGAGAGCGUGGCGUUCAACUCUCAGGUGGACAGAAGCAAAGAAUCGCAAUCGCUCGGGCGAUGUUAAAAGACCCCAAGAUUCUGUUACUAGACGAAGCAACGAGCGCUCUUGACGCUAGCUCCGAGAGCAUAGUUCAAGAGGCUUUAGACAGAGUCAUGGUCGGGAGAACCACAGUGGUCGUCGCUCAUCGUCUAUGCACCAUACGUAACGUUGACUCCAUCGCGGUGAUACAGCAAGGACAAGUUGUUGAGACCGGAACACACGAAGAGCUCAUAGCUAAGUCAGGUGCUUACGCAUCGCUCAUUAGGUUUCAAGAGAUGGUUGGUACUCGUGACUUCUCUAACCCGUCAACACGUCGCACUCGUUCCACACGUUUGAGCCAUUCCUUGUCGACCAAGUCACUGAGCUUAAGGUCAGGGAGUUUGAGGAAUUUGAGUUACUCUUACAGCACUGGAGCUGAUGGUCGGAUAGAGAUGAUAUCAAACGCAGAGAGUGAUAGAAAGACUCGUCCCCCUCAAAACUACUUUUAUAGGCUUCUCAAGCUUAAUGCACCUGAAUGGCCUUACUCAAUCAUGGGAGCUGUUGGCUCGGUUCUGUCUGGUUUUAUCGGUCCAACCUUUGCUAUUGUGAUGAGUAAUAUGAUUGAAGUGUUCUACUACACUGACUAUGUUUCAAUGGAGAGGAAGACAAAAGAGUAUGUGUUCAUCUACAUUGGUGCUGGUAUCUAUGCUGUGAUAGCUUACUUGAUCCAGCAUUACUUCUUUAGCAUCAUGGGAGAGAAUCUCACAACAAGAGUAAGAAGAAUGAUGCUCUCAGCAAUCUUGAGGAAUGAGGUUGGUUGGUUUGAUGAGGAUGAACACAACUCGAGUUUGGUUGCUGCAAGGUUAGCCACUGAUGCAGCUGAUGUUAAAUCAGCAAUAGCAGAGAGGAUCUCAGUGAUUCUGCAGAACAUGACUUCACUUCUCACAUCUUUCAUAGUUGCUUUCAUCAUUGAGUGGAGAGUCUCACUUCUCAUCUUAUGCACAUUCCCACUUCUAGUCCUUGCUAACUUUGCUCAGCAACUAUCUCUGAAGGGUUUUGCUGGAGACACAGCUAAGGCUCAUGCAAAGACAUCAAUGAUUGCUGGUGAAGGAGUCAGCAACAUUAGAACAGUAGCAGCCUUCAAUGCACAAAGCAAGAUCCUCUCCUUGUUCAGCCACGAGCUCCGUGUCCCACAGAAAAGAAGCUUCUACAGAAGUCAAACCUCAGGUUUCCUCUUUGGCCUCUCCCAGCUUGCCCUCUACGGUUCCGAGGCUCUAAUCCUCUGGUACGGUGCCCACCUUGUGAGCCAAGGCAAGUCAACCUUCUCCAAAGUGAUCAAAGUCUUUGUGGUUUUGGUCAUUACAGCAAACUCUGUUGCUGAAACUGUAAGUCUUGCUCCUGAGAUCAUCCGGGGAGGUGAGGCCGUUGGUUCGGUUUUCUCGGUUUUGGAUAGGCAGACAAGGAUUGAUCCGGACGAUGCUGAUGCUGAUCCGGUCGAGACAAUACGUGGAGACAUUAAGUUUAGACAUGUGGACUUCGCUUAUCCUUCAAGACCGGAUGUUAUGGUGUUCACAGACUUUAACCUUAGGAUACGAGCUGGACAUAGCCAAGCUCUUGUGGGGGCAAGCGGCUCAGGGAAGAGUUCUGUGAUCGCUAUGAUCGAACGGUUCUACGACCCGCUUGCUGGUAAAGUCAUGAUUGAUGGUAAAGACAUACGCAGGCUAAACCUAAAGUCUCUGAGGCUGAAGAUAGGUCUUGUUCAACAAGAACCAGCUCUUUUCGCGGCAACCAUCUUCGACAACAUCGCAUAUGGUAAAGAUGGUGCGACUGAGUCAGAGGUUAUCGAGGCGGCUAGAGCUGCAAACGCUCACGGUUUCAUCAGUGGUUUGCCUGAAGGAUACAAGACUCCUGUUGGUGAGAGAGGAGUACAGUUAUCAGGUGGACAGAAACAGAGGAUUGCUAUAGCUAGAGCAGUGCUCAAGAACCCUAGUGUGUUGCUUCUUGACGAAGCAACAAGCGCUUUAGAUGCUGAAUCUGAAUGUGUGCUUCAGGAAGCUUUAGAGAGGCUCAUGAGAGGUAGGACUACGGUGGUGGUUGCUCACAGGUUGUCUACCAUAAGAGGAGUUGAUUGCAUUGGUGUGAUUCAAGAUGGGAGGAUUGUGGAGCAAGGCAGGCAUUCUGAGCUUGUAAGCCGACCAGAGGGAGCUUAUUCAAGGCUGUUACAGCUUCAAACUCAUAGGAUUUGAAGCUUGAUGGAUUAAGAACAAAAAGUGAAAAUUUAUGUAAUUUAUUUAUCAGAACUUUAAUUUGGGAAGAUUAUAUGGACUAUAAUGAUAAUAUGAACAGGUGUAGAUAAUGAAGCUUUUGGUUGUUUAUGAAGGUUCUUUAAGGUUCCUCUUUUAUUUUA